AUGGCUCCCGAGCUCCAAGGCUUCACUCGUCACUGGGCUAGUGACUUCCAGGGGAAUUCGGGCUCUCUGCCGGACGGCCACAGGUGGGAGAGUGUGAAUCGAGGUCCCAAUUCGGAUGGCAAUAAUGAAGAUCAAACAUUCAUCAAAGACGACACGAGCGUGGUUUGCCAGGACGGGGAACAGCUCAUCAUUUGUCCCGCAUACGACGGAGAGAAGUGGACGUCGGCUCGCCUCUACUGCAAGAAAGACUUUCACGCCCCCGACAAUAGAAUUAUGAUUAUUCAGGCGCAACUCAAAGUCAGUAAAGCGUCAGAGAAACUCCAAUCGGGCGUCUGGCCCUCUUUCUGGCUCCUUGGAAAGUCAUACCGCAAGGGGGGCGACGCAUCCUGGCCAGGCUGCGGCGAAAUUGAUAUUUUCGAGAAUGCAGCGGGUAAGCCGUACUCGAUUCCUGCUCUCCAUUUUCAACUUGACCGCGUCCGCAUGCGGGGCGGCAAAGGCCACAAGGCCGACUUUAACCGAGGCGAAUGGCACACGUGGGCCAUACGCAUCGACCGCAAGAGCUCCAACGGCAAUUGGAAAGAUGAGGAGAUACAGUUCCUUCUUGAUGGCAAGCAAUACUUCAAGGUCGCGGGCCGCGACAUUGGGGAUAGGACUGCGUGGGAGUCCCUCGCCCAUCAGCCCGUCUUCCCUAUUCUUCAGGUCGCUGUAGGAACAAACUGGGACGGUGGCUCUGAGCCGAACGAGGGGACCAGACACAUGGGUGAGAACUUCAACUUGAAAAAAGAUAUCACUUAA